GUCAAGACGGCUGUCGGUCUGCGGUGGAAAAAUAUACCGCCACUGGGGGAACCCUGUUCCGUCUAAAACUUAUCACGCGUUCCUUUUGCAUGGGACCCUCCUCCCAUUAAAUUUCUUUUCCCGUGUCGUUCGACUCCAUACCAGCACCGCGUAUCAGCGCUGCUGCAGUACAUGUCAUUUACACUAACUGUCGUUUGACUACUCACCGAUCCCUACACCCAGUGGCACCCUCAUGUCAUCUGCCCGACAAUGGUUUACGAAGCACGUUUAUUCCACUUCGAAGCCUCCAAAAGAUAUUCCUUGUCCUGUCACAGAGAAAAUUUGUGAUGGCGCAAAAUCUCCCGCUUCCUUCAAGUUCAAUACGUUGACUGCAGUCAUGGGCAGGAAGCCCAGAAAAUUACGUCGGCCCCCUCCUAAUCAGGACCAGCUUUCUAUCUGCCCGUCAGGCCACCAUAAUCCUCCAAGGUUUUCAAAGAGACCUCACUCCAAAUCUGUCUCUUCUACCGUUCGUUCAGACCCGUUCGCUGUGAAUGCAAUAUCAGUACCUGGUAGUAUCACCGAUAGCAAUGGAGUCUCUCUUUCAUCAAGUUCCGUUACCGCAGACGUCAUCCGAAAGGAAAAUGCCGCACUCGAGCCUGCACGUACUUCUUUGGCUUCCUCUUCCUCGUGUUCCCGUCGCCCCAGUGAUUUGUCGUCCCCUGAUUCGCCAAGUUUCCCGUUUCUUGACAGCGAGAAGGCUCAGAUCAGGACGCGCCUUGAUCGAAAAGGCCACCACCCUUAUCCAUCUGAGGAGUCCCUUGACAACCGUCGGGUUUGUAUCUAUGGUCUCAGUUUGGUUGGGUGCGAGUCUGCUGCCACGUUGACAGAGAGGGAUAUUUCUGGUACCCUCCCGCCUUCGCGUCCGAGAGAUCACGCGGAAUCAACGUCCCACAGUUCUCCAAGUCUUCCUCAGACGCUGCGCAACGUCGUCACGCCACCGGAGUGUGAAUCAGUGCCAGUGUUACCCCGUCCACCUGCUCUCAAUCGUAAAGUGUCUGCUUUGCGACUAGCAACGGAACCACCGUGUGCUCCUCCACCCCAUGCCCUUCCUGCUGUUCCCAGGUCAAGUAAAUGGGGCCCCGAGCACGAGGAGGAAGACCCUCAUCCAUCUCCGUCUGGAUCUGGGUCAUCGUCUAGUAUAUCAUUUGCUUCCUCUGCCUCCUCGACACCUGAUGAGAACGAUGAGGAAUCCCUUGACCCUCGAUAUCGGACCCUGAGGGAACGACCGAUGGUUGACCAGGGACCAGUGGCUUCUAUAAGACCAACACAGCGGGAUAUCUCGAAUGCUCCGCCUUCGGACAUAUUUGUGCAGUCCCCAACGGCCGCCUCUCCACUGUCGUCUUCCUCCGCACAUUCCUUGAAGAAGUCUGCCUCUCACUCCACUUUGCAAAGGUGCAUGAUGGGCCCCUGGCUUUUCUCUCCUGCUUCUUCGAAUGAUGUAAAAACCCCGAACAAGGAAUCAACGAAACAACGCUCGUUCCAUCAGUCUCAGCGCGCGCAUCGCCCAGCGCUUCCUCCGCUUCGUCACUCUAGUUCUUGUACACCUGCGGCGUCGACACCUACUCCGGGAUCGCCCGACUCACGGCGAGGUAUCUCAAGUAGCCCUCCCGUUAGUGUCAGGAAACGCUUGUUCUCAGGGUCCAGUCAACGGAGGCCAUCGACAGCAACUACCGAGGAUGAUCUGCGUUCCAUAUUUAGUUUACCCUCGGAGAUGGAGCUUAAUCAUGGGUCCAUAUCUCUUCAUUCCGUUUUAUUAAAUGACGCGGACUCUGAGGUACUGCCGAGUGGAACACCAACGACACAAGCAACAGACUACGGGCAGCAGAUCAUGUCUCCAGCUGAGAUGUUCGCUGUUGAAGCCAAGGUACAAAGCGAGUUCGACAGCAAGUACGGAGGGGUGAUACGGAAUCGGCAACGCGUACUGUCAUCCGUCUUAACUCCGUCUCCCGAACCUUCAUAUGUGAAGGAAGGGUUUAGUGCUGUGCCGCUGACAUUUACUCGCUCCAAUGUUCGUGCCUCACAGAGUCUGUCGGUGCCGCAAUUAAGCGUUCGGUCGUCAACAACGCAGAAAACUCCCUCCUUUCCAGGAUCGUUAAACGUAUCCUCCGGAGGGUUACCUCUCCCGCCUCCCCGUUUGCCCAGGCGUCCACACACGGCCGAGCCGCCAUAUGGCAUGCCCUCCAACGCUAUAAGCGUUUCGAACAAGCAGGCGAGCGAUGUACCUUUUAUCUCUUUAGCUCCGCCACCUCGCAGAACUUGCGUACUCCCUAUCAUUCAUGGAGACUCGCCCCAGAAAUCGAUGAUUCGCAAACCAUCCUUCUUGGAUAUUGCAGACGAAUCGCCCUUUAUGGACAAUAGCUUCCUUGACCUUGAGGGCGGGAAAGAAUCAUUGGAUCUCUCCACGGACGAGGGAUGCGAGGAUGACUUUGUGGUCUAUGCUCUAUAAAUCACAUGCCAUCUGCGGACCCACGCUCUUUAUAAGAUCUUUAUUGGUUUCAUUAUUUACUACUAUAGCCUCCCUCCACUUACCUUACUCCGCGUCUCUAAGUUGUCGCCUUUCUACUGUUGUUCAUUCGAUGGUUGUUUUACUAGCUUACAUCCCAGUCGUAUGACUAGUGUGUUUUGUUAUUUCCACUGCAUCUUCAAUUCCCUUGUAACCCUCUGAUCUGGAA